AUGGCCAGCUCGUUUGAGAAGUCGGUCAAGGGCGCAACCAAGAUCAAGGCUGCGCCCCCAAAGACGAAGUACAUCGAACACAUCUUGGUUGCGACACAUGCAGGUGAAGCCGGCGUGGGCGAGGUCUUUCGUGCCUUGCAGUAUCGACUUCGAGACUCGACAUGGACUGUGGUGUUCAAGAGCUUGAUUACGAUACAUCUUAUGAUCCGCGAGGGCUCCCCCGAUGCGACACUAGCAUAUCUUGCGAAACAUCGGAACAUGCUGGCAAUCAGUUCUUUUGCUGAUGCUCAAAUACAAGGCAAGAACAUACGGCAUUAUGCAGCAUAUCUUGCCGAAAGGACUCGUGCAUACAAGGAUACUAAGAUAGAUUGGGUGAGGGCCAAGGAGACUCGCUUGGAGAAGCUGUCAAUAGACAAGGGCCUUCUCCGCGAGACCGAGGUCGUUCAGAAUCAAUUGACGGCACUCUUGAAAUGCGACGUCCUCGACGAGCCAGAAAACGAAAUCACCAUAACGGUUUUCCGACUCCUUGUAUUGGAUCUCCUGGCCCUCUUUCAGGUGCUCAACCAGGCAAUGAUCAAUAUCUUAGGUCAAUUCUUUGAGAUGUCAAAGCCGGACGCAGAGAGAGCAAUGGGGAUCUAUCGCAACUUUACCAAGCAGACAGAUUUUGUGGUGCAAUAUCUUAGUAUCGCACGGCAGUGGGAGCACCACACUAGAGUUGAGGUUCCGAAGCUCAAGCACGCCCCUGUAAACCUGGGGCGCCAGCUGGAGGAAUAUCUCAAUGAUGCGGAUUUUGAAAUUCACCGGAGGCAAUACAUUGCCGAACAGUCUGCAAAGAGGGCCGGGGGAGCGUCCUCAAAGUCUGGCGGCACAUCGUCCACUCCGAAUGCUGCGGCAGCAAAGCUGUUUGGAUCUGGUGGCACCAACGGGACCUCUGCGGCGCCAGCAUCAUCUUCGAAGCCGAGCGCGCCCGCGAAGGGUCCCGAGCCCGACCUCAUCGACUUUUUCGAGUCAAUCGAGCAGAACCAGACGCCGAUGGCGCUGCAGAGUAGCCCCGAGCAACAGCAGCAGUUUCAGCAGAUGCAUGCCAUGCCGACGGGGAACCCAUACGGCGGGUUCCAGGUGCCCCAACAGGGCCAGAUGCCUCCCAAUGGAUUUGCGCCACAACAAACAGGCUUCCAAGCCAACAACCCAUUCCCAGCACAGCCCACGGGUCAGUUCCAGCAACAAGGCACAGGAGCAGGAGUAUACCAGGGCUUCCAGUCACAACCUGGCUUUGCCGCUGGGGCCUUGUCCUCGAUCCCGCAGGACAGUGUCGCUUCCUUUCAACAAACACCAGGAAUGCUGGCUCCCAUGCAGACUGGCCUCCAGCCAGGCCAACAGAUCACGAAUCCAUUCCGUGCUUCAAUGCUGAUGGCGAACCCGACGGGCAUGCAGGGGCCCGUGCAAACCCAGCAGAUGCCGUUGCAACGGCAAAAUACGAACCCCUUUGCGAGGUCAUCACCGCAAAAUGCGAUGCCUUUCAACAACCCUCCUCCCGCCAACUCCUCGCCAUUCCAGUCACAGGUUCCGACUGGCACACCGCCGCCUGCCGCACCGCUGCAGCCUACGAAGACAGGGACCAACCCAUUUGCGAAGAACUUUGGCGGUGCUGGGGCUGCAGCUGGCCAACAGCAACGCCCGCAGACGAGCGCCGGUCUCGUGCCGCAGCCUACAGGCAGCACCAACCCAUUCCGACAGGGCGCGUUUGUCAAUCACCAAACUGGGCUCGGUUGGCAGCAUAACCAGCAACCAAUUGGUGGCGGGUUAGACCAGCUUGAGACAGUGCCUGUCUUCCCAAGGCCGCAGCAGCAAACGCCAUGGCAGCAAUGA